AUGCAGGCUUCGGGAACAUCAUCGCCUAGAGCCAAAUUCACACUCUCGUCCGGAGAUGAGCUUCCGUCAACGAACGAGAACUGGGCUUCAAAUUCACCACUAAUUGGUGUCAAGAGUACCACCUCCUCAAAGGUUGGAAGUCCCAAAUUCAAUCCAUUGGCUCCCAAUCUAUUGAAUCCUGGCCUCUCGCCUUCUCGUAAAGUCUUGUUUCCUGAUCUGGCCAAAACAUCAUCAGGUGACCCAAUGCAAUCUGGUGAAGAAUCACAAGAACUUAUUGAUUCGGACGUCGAGGACGAGUUGUUCGAACAGAGGCUCCGUGAUGAGGGUGAAGCUGAACUAGAUCGUGAUCAGAAACGGGCAAAGAGUACAAAGAUUAGCAUAAGAGCUUCGCCAUGGAGUACUUCUACGGCAGCAAGCUCGCCGAGCUCUUCACCUCCGCCAACGUCAAGUAGCAAAGCUCAGACUUCUAGAAGGAAUAGAGAGAGCUUCAUGGGAAUACUGUUGAGACUACCUUUACUGAUUGUUAUCUUGUUGAUUCUGUUUGUGGACGUACUCUUAUACUUUAUUGUUCGCCAAUACGUUGUCAUAUGGGAAUAUUUGGUCGUGUGGAGGGGUAGAAUGAAGGCCAUUCGAACUAGAUUGAAUAACGCCAAAUCAUACAAGGAAUGGGAGACAUGUGCCAGAGAGCUAGACAAGUAUCUUGGUAACGACGAGUGGACCAAGAUUGACGAUUGUGGUGACUACGAUGUCCCUCUAAUAAGAAAGAUGGCAAGAAAACUGAAAAAGCUGAGAACGAGUGGUGAAUCUACUGCAGUACGUGAAGUACGUAAGGUGUUGGCUCAUGGAGCAUGUAAAGCUGAUGUCGGUGGGGUGCAAAAUGGAUCACUUUACUCGUAUACAUACUUUGGUACCAAGCAGAUUGUAGAAUCCUAUGUUGAAGAGACUGUCGCAUCUCUCAACUUCGUGGCAAAGUCCAAUGAAUUGAGUCUGGAUGAAAGGAAACAAUUCUUGAAGCUGGCGUCCAAGAAUUACGGACGCACAGCUCUCUGUCUUAGUGGUGGAGCGACGUUUGCGUAUUACCACUUGGGUUUGUUGAAGGCUCUAUUUGAAGAAGGGUUGCUCCCACCAGUGAUAACUGGAACGUCUGGAGGGUCGUUGGUAGCGGCCAUGAUUUGUGUCAGGACAGACGCCGAGCUACGAGAUGAAGUCUUCAAGACGGAGGUAUACAAAGUGCUUACAGCCUGCUCUGAAACUCUAUGGGUCAAGUUCAAACGGCUCUUCAAAACGGGUGCAAUGUUCGAUGAAGUUGAUUGGCAAGAUAAGAUACAAUGGAUCACAAAAGGCGCCCUCACCUUCUCUGAGGCAUACAAGCGGACUGGUAGAAUCCUCAAUAUCUCAGUGCUACCUGAUGGUCCACAUGCCACUGCGAAGGUGUUGAAUUACAUUACAGCACCCGAUACUGUCAUCUAUUCGGCUGUGAUCGCUUCAUCAGCAAUUCCUGGUAUUUUGAGACCCAUUGAACUCAUAAUGAAGGACGACCGAGGCAAUCUAGUCCCAUAUCGAGCCGCAGGAAGGAAGUGGAGAGAUGGUAGUUUGACUACUGAUAUACCCGAAAAGACUUUGCAUCAGUUAUUUAACGUGAAUUAUACAAUAGUUAGUCAAGCAAAUCCUCAUAUAGUACUUUGGUUUUAUCAUUCCAAGGGGGCUCCUGGAUCACCGGCAGCUCACCGGUAUGGUCGUGGAUGGAGAGGAGGUUUCGUUGCAUCGACUCUAGUUACUGCACUGAAAUUGGAUCUGAUCAAAUGGGUUUCUGUGUUACGAGAUCUGGAACUCGCCAGGGUGGCAGGCAUGGACUUGUCGUCUGUGUUCUUGCAGAGAUUUGAAGGAAAUUGUACAAUUACUGGUAAACGAAGAUUGGGUCCAACAUUCGACACAACUCACGCUAAAGCACCUUUACCACCAAUAGCGAGACCUGCCUUGGUUGACUACAUCUUCAUUUUGUCUGAUCCUAAUGAACGAAGAAUGCAACGCUACUUUCAAGUAGGAGCUGAACGGACCUUCCCCAAGAUUCACAUGAUUGAGAAUAGGAUGCGCAUUGAACAAACACUCGCCAGACUUCGUGCUGAGAUAGCGCAGCAAACAAAGAUGGCGAGAAUAUCUCGAUCUCGAGAUAUGAGACAAAGGAAGAUGUCAGCUCCAGAGAUGACUACACGUAAUAAUGGUGCUGCAAAUGAGGAAUCGGAUUCAGAUUCGGACUAA